AUCGGUAUCAAGACCGCUGUUUCUUCAAGACACAAAAAGAUCUAGCGCUCUUUACAUUAACAAAAUAUCUUGGAUACUUGCUCACAGCGCAUCAGUGGCUAAUUAAAAAAUGGGUUUUAUUUAUUUUAUUAACCCUUUCUUAAUAGCAAUCACUAUUAUCAGUAUUUCUUGUAGAGUUCAAGGCCAAGAUGAGUGUUUCCAUGGCGACCUGAGACCCUUCGAUACGAUUAAUUGUUCCCGGACAUAUGAAUUGUGUGAACAUGGCAAAUGGGCGAAAGCAAUGUGUGUGGGGACUGUGUUUAACACAACAAAUCUAAGAUGUGUACCUUACUCACAUACUUGCCCAGAAAAUGGAUUUCUAGAAAAAACGUUCAAUGGACGAAAGAAAAGAGCAACAGAUGACUGCAGCAGAACUUUUACUUGUCCCAAGACUAUAACAAACAUGUUUAUCUACCCUGAUUGGUCCAACACUGCAUGUGACAGUUAUGUUGUAUGCUUCCGAGAACAGACAUUUGUUGGAUCCUGUAAGUCAGACGGAUAUAACUAUUACAACCCCAGAAGACUCAGUUGUGAGAACAUUGAUUCUAUGAGUAACACCUGCCUUCACCGACUGUCUACAGAUUUAUCUCCUCUAUUUUAAACUAUUAAAAAAGCUUUACCUCAAAAAAAAAAAAAAGAUGCAAUGCAUAAAAAUAAAUAGGUAACAUGCCUUUUUUUAAAUAAAAAUCUUGUAUUUUAA